AAUCCGCCAUUGCAUCUAGCCAAAGCUGUCACGUGCUUAUGGCCCACACUAUCAAUGGGUAGUUGGGUCCAGCAGAAGCAGUCCCUCUCUCGAGAUCAGAUCUGUGUGUGUGACCAUUCGUGCCACAGACAUCGCGGCCCUACCUUACCGUUGCCGGCCUGCCCUUCCCAGCCCGGCAGUCCACACCGUCCCCGUCCUCCCACUCCCCACUCGCAACCAUUUCAAAUCGCUCUCUCGACCCAACUGUACUCGCCGUCGUCAAUUCAUCAUCCAUCCCCAUCCCCCCAUCGACUCCCAGAUCUCUAUCCCCCUCUCCCUGUCCUCACUCUCUCGAGCGCGUUGUGGCGGAUGUCCUCGUCGGCGCGUUUCGAUCUCCGGGCCUCGUCGCAUCAGUUGCAGCCGCCGCCGUCGCACGCCAGCAUGAGCAGCGACGGGGGCGCGUUCGCAAACGCGGAGAACCUGGAGCACUGCGCCCGGUACCUGAACCAGACGCUCGUCACCUUCGGAUUCCCGGCAUCUCUCGACCUCUUCGCCACCGAUCCGGUCUCGAUUGCAAGAACUUGUAACUGCAUCUAUGCGCUGCUGCAGCAGCGACAGAGGGACAUUGAGUUCAGGGAGUCUACAAAUGACCAGCGGCAGCGGAUGCAAUCUGAUAUCUCACGGCUGGAAGCUAAGAUUGAGAGAAUGGAUGCUCAAUUAGCAGCGAAAGAUCGAGAGCUAGCCACUCUUACUCGAACGGAGGCCAAAAACACUGCUGCUCUGAAGUCUCAGAUUGAUAAGCUGCAACAAGAACGUGAUGAAUUUCAGAAAAUGGUUAUAGGAAAUCAGCAAGUACGCACCCAGCAAAUUCAUGAAAUGAAGAAGAAAGAGAAAGAAUACAUAAAGUUGCAGGAAAAGCUAAAUCAGGUAUUGAUGGAGAAGAAAAAGGAAUCAUCCCGUUCUGGAAUGGAGAUAAUGAACUUGUUACAGAAAGAAGGACGACAACGCGGAACAUGGAAUGGAAAAAAGAACGACAAUGAUUAUUACAAAAUGAUUGUUGAUGCAUAUGAAGUGAAGAAACAAGAGCUGAUGCAAGAGAAUGCAGAUUUACGGGCACUGUUACGUUCAAUGCAGAUGGACAUGCGUGACUUUCUCAAUGCCCCGAAUGGGUCAUCACAAUCUACUGUUACUGAUAAUGGAAGACAGGAGUCAGGGUCUCCUCAGUCUCCGCUUGGUGGCAAGACGGAUGUUUUUGACUUGCCCUUUCAUAUGGCCAGAGAUCAGAUAGAAGAGAGUUUGCGCACAAAAAUGACUUCAAUCAAGGCACGAAUGACACAACUUCAAGAUGCUCAGAAAGGUGCAGAAGUGACUUCUGAGGCAACUGACCGGGAGCUUGAGCUUGAAGCUCAACUGGUUGAAGCAAGAAGCAUCAUCCAAGAGCAGGCCUGCAUCAUGUCCAAGCACUUCAAGUCUGAUAAGCCAAGUGGCAGGAGGCAUAGCGGUCUGGAUGGCGAGCGUGAGGCAUCUGCCGAGGUGUAAAAGCAUGUCUGUAGCAAGGAUAUAUCUGUUCUGCAAGACCUCCUGAUUUUAGUAAGUACCGAGGUAGUAUGUUGCAGGAUAUAACAUGGUCCUGUGCUGUUGUAGCCCGAGUUUAGGUGCUGUCUAUGCAGUAUGAUGUGCAGGAGCAUAUCCUCCAGCACAUGGCUAACCCGAUCACAUCUAAGUCACAUGUAGCGUAACUGUAAUCCUAUUCAUACUAUAUGAAGAAUGUCAGUGUAGCAACCCUUGAAAAAAAUGGACCUUUCGGACCUUACAUCUUGAAGCUCUGUUCGCAUGAUUUUUUUUUUAGUUUAUUCUAUCAGCGGUGACA